AUGAGAGUAUCGGUACGACUACUGGCGAAGCCUACAGCUAUUGGCUCAACCAAUGGACUAAAGCCAGCUCCAUUGGCUUUGCUGCCACCGAUCCCACUGUACAGACGGCUGCUGCGAGCACACCGGAAAUACUUGGACCCGCAGAUGCGUCUGCUCGGAGACGAGUACAUCAAGAGCGAGUAUCGAUCUCACCGCAAUGUCGAAAAUCCUAUGCAUAUUAUUGGAUUCUUGACCGAAUGGCAGAUGUACGCCCAAAAUAUCGAAGGCGGCUCUUGGAAGGGGGAGAAGAUAGACAAAGGCAAGAUCGACAAGAUGAGUGACCAGCAGCUUGGGCAGCUCUAUGAACUCAUGCAGGCCAUACAGAAGCAAGCACAUGAGGAUGGCGGUAAUGGAUCAUGA